UCAUCCACGCCCCGGGCUCCCUCAGCCCUUGGCCUCGUCUAAGUUUCGUUUUCCCCUCCCCUCCUCUCCCCUGCAGUCGGGUUGCAGAAAUGAAAGUGGAAGAUCGAGCGCCACUGAAGCUGGAGAUGGAGGCGGCGGCGGCGGAUUCGGCGGCCCUGCGGGUCUGCGGGAACUGCAAGCGGGACGUGGCUGCCGCCAACUUCUCCCUUCACGAGGCUCACUGCCAGCGCUUCCUGGCCAUCUGUCCCGAGUGCGAGGAGCCGGUGGCGCUGAAGGACAUGAAGGCGCACCACGGGGAAGCCCACCAGCAGGUCAGGUGCCGACUCUGCCACCAGGCGAUGCAACAGUACCUGCUCCAGCACCACGAGGCAGAGGAGUGCCCCGAGCGCCCGGUCCAGUGCCGCUUCUGUGACCUAGAGUUGCCCUUCCAGAGGCUGCAGCCUCACCUGGAGGCCUGUGGCAGCCGGACCACCUCCUGCUGGGACUGUGGCAAGUACGUCAUGUACCGAACCCUGGAGGAGCACAACGCCACCUUCCACGCCAGCCACGGGCCGAAGGCCACUGGUGGUGCCUCUCCCUCUCUUUCCGCAGAGCCCAAAGACAACAUCUGCGAGCUGUGCAAGGGCCAGUUUUCAGAUGAGCAGUACCUCCAACACCUGAACGAGUGCGCCCCACUCCCCCAGCUCCUGGGGCUGCUUAGCCCAGGAUCCCCUACUGAGCAGGACUCUAAGGCAGAGGAGAAGGCCGUCCGCCCCAAGAGCCAGGGGAGGGGGUCGCCUUCUCUCCUCGGGAAGCCCUCCCUGAAGCCCCCCAAGGGGAAGAGGGUCCACAGCCGGCUGGCAUUCACUGCCCUUGACCCCCAAGUCCUGGAGGAGUCCGGCCACAGGGAGGACCCCGCCUACGACCAGCUGGCCGCCUGCAACGGGUGCAACAUCCUCCUGCCGUCCCCCACCCUCGAGAAGCAUGAGAGUCUGCCGGGCAGCGCAGCCCCUCCAAAGAAGCACACGGCCAGCUGUGAUGCCUCCCAGGACACCCCCCAUCCCAAGCUGCCCCUUGCCUUUUUCCCUGGGCCGGAUCCAGUCCGGCGCUUGGCAACAUCCAGACUGAUUGAAAGUUAAAAAAAGAAGCUACCUUUGCAGCCAAAUUGAGCCUAAGUGGAUAUUCUGGGAUUUGGGGGUGGGUGAGGAAGAGAGAGUUCAGGGUUGCCUUCC